CACCCGUGCCUGUUGUUGAAAGUUUACAGCUGAAUGGAGGAGGAGAUGUUGCCAUGCUGGAACUCACAGGACAGAACUUCACGCCUAACCUAAGAGUCUGGUUUGGAGAUGUAGAGGCAGACACAAUGUACAGGUGUGGCGAAAGUGUGCUCUGCGUGGUUCCCGACAUUUCUGCGUUCCGUGAGGGGUGGCGUUGGGUUCGGCAGCCAGUGCAGGUUCCUGUGACUUUGGUCCGUAAUGAUGGCAUCAUCUACUCCACAGCUUUGACUUUUACCUACACGCCAGAGCCGGGACCACGUCCUCACUGCAGCGCCGCGGGAGCCAUACUGCGGGCCAACAGCAACUCCUCCACCUCACCAUCUUCAUCCUCCAGCCUACUGCUGCAGUCAGCCGUCGACAGCCAGGCAGGAUACGCAGCAACAGGGAGCAUAUCUUCAUCUUCCUCUUCCUCGGCUAUGUCUGUCUCCUAACCUGGGAAUCUCAGUGUGUGUUUGCAUGUGUGAGUAUGUGAGCCUUUGUGAGAGAUGGUGAUUCGUCCACUCGUAGACUCUUCUGCAUAGAUUCAUGGGAUACGGAUCACAAAAAUGGAUAAUGGUGCCACAGAGAGAGAAGAAAAGAGAGACAAGACUUCACACAAAGACUGGACAGAACAAAUGAAGAUGUCUCUUUUCUACUCUCUCUUUCUCUCUCUUUGUUGCGGUUCUUUUUCAGUCUGUUUCCUCACGUCGGGGGAAGUGGCUAAAGACGUGAUGUGUGCCGUGGAUCAAGAUGCCACAGGAUCAAUGCAUUAGCCUUACAUAAAAACAAUCAAAAAACAACAACGAAAAACACUUUUUUCAAAACCAAGCCUUUUCUAAGUUAGUGCAAGCUGGAAGUGGCUUUGAGUGAUGUUGUUUUCUACUAAAGGGCUUAAUGCACUGUUUCGCCAGGCUUGGAAGAAAAGUUAUCAUAGUAAUAUAGUUUUUACGGACCAAGGAAUAUU